GUUUGACCAAUUAUACCUUAGUCUCAGAUUUUUUUAGCGAAUCAGAAAUAUUGUUCACAGCUAAACGGCGCAAUUUUGUUUAUAACUAUGCAAAUAAGGUCAUGUAUUCAUGCACCAUGUAAAGAGAACGGCAUGGCAUUCUUUGAAGAUAAAAUUGAAGGUAAAUCGUUCCAAAUAACAUAAUAUUGAUUAAAAUUUCAAUUUAGUUAUCACAUGAACGUGUAUAUCUAGAUCUUAUUUGUUAAAGCAAGGACAUUUUGUAGCAAGGUGCAAAAAUGUGAACCUCUGAAUUAAGGCCCUGUAGAAAAAGUGCAAGGAAUUUAAGGGCAGUAUGCGUUUAUUGAUAGUUGUGUGAUAAAUAGAAUCUUUCAUGCGUUCUUAUGCGUUAUUAUGAAAUUUAUGAAAUUCAUUGCCGGAUCAAAUAUUAACACCGCCAAGACUCGGGUAAUAUUAAAUCCGGUAACUCAUUUCAUAAAUUCCAUAUGACAUAAGCUUUCGUUAAAAGAUCCUCUGUGUAUCUAAUGCUUCCACGAUUAAGCUGUCCCAUAACGCAUAUUUUUAUCUGUUUUUAAAAUGUUAUUUUUAUCUUACCAAAUUAUAUUUUUUUUAAAGAUGUAAGAAUUGAGGAUCAACAUUUUGAGGAUCACAAACUUUUGUUUUUGUUUUGUAUAAAUUUAUUAUGAUACUUAUAAUGAUAUAUUUCUUUUAAUACUAUUCUGAUAUAAAUGUUAUUGAAUUAGUCUUCUUCUUUUUUUAGCUGUUAUAGCCUUGCUAAUAACUCAUGUCCAAUUUUGAACCUUAAGUGACGUCCCCAGACUGGUCGCUGAAUGGACCAAGUUUGUAACUCUAAUAUAAAAUUUUAUGAAUAAUCACGUUAAUUCUUGAAAACAUCAGCUCAAUCCAUAGUUCCAUACUCGAUAAUAUAAUAAUAAUAAUAAUAAAAAACAGCAUAUUAUUGGUAAUGCAGCAAGCCAUUGUCGACCAUUGUUCUACUUGUUGGGUCGAAAUGCAUACGAAUCAACGAUCUGGGAACCAGAAGAUCUAUUGGUAGACAAGUUCCUCAUCUGACCAUGUUGUUAUCUGUGUAACAAAAGAUUAUUUCUUGUUCUUUAAUGGUUUGUAUGAUGAUUAACCUACAUCCAUCCAUCAUUAACGUAGCCUCUCCAUUAUUCUAUUAUGACGUUCAGAAAUGUUAAUUGAACUGUCUUGCAACUAUGGUGCUUCUUAGUUGUUUUAUGACGUAAAGCCAUUAUUUCCUGUUAUUAUAUUUGAGGUUAGAAUGGGGUGUGGAGCCUCGCAGCCGAAUGUUCACUGCACUGGAUUAUUAAGUGUUCUUUCAUCUGAACCAUAUGAUGGUGUAAAAUAUGAAUACAGUUUCUAUGCAGAUGUGGUUCCCGUAAAGUUAUCCAGUAGAACGGAAGGCCAUGUCAGACAUGUGGCGGAUGCGGAACAGAUAAAAGAGCUAAUGAAAAACUUAGUUACAAAGUAUGAAGACAACAAAAGAUUGUUGAUUCUUCAUCAUAUUCCUUUACCGAACCAAAAAUCAGACACCAGAAGAGCUAAAACUGAACGAUUUCAAGGAAUUCUGUACAAGAAGAUUAACCCUUCAUCGCCAGAUACUGAAGUCGUUGAUGCUGAAAAAAAUGGACAUUGUGAUGCCGGCUUUUAUGACAAAGCUUUUGAAGUGAAGGCAGAUACAAGCCACGUUAUACAACUUUUACACAAAAGAGCAGCCAAUGGAGACAGAUUUGUAACAGCAGCUUUAACCGGGGCAUCACUCUUCAAUGGAUUUAACUUCAGUUUAGAUGGAUCCAAACCCGUUCUUCAGAUGGAUAUGAUAUUUGAAGUUCCAAGUCCCCAAGUAACUGAGUUGUACAGUUACCAUGUGGAACCUGUGACUGUUAUUCAGAGGAUGGUGGAAGGGACCACGGGCAACAGGAUCUGUUUGGAAUGCGAUUGGGUUUGUGAAUUUGAUCAGCAUUUAAAGAAAGGUUGGCGGCUGAUUGAUAUAUUUGCUGAUGGAAGUAGUAAAUGCAGACCAUCUGUUGUUGGAACAGAGAUUGUAAAAACUUUUCUUUGGGUGUACGAAAAACCACGCUCGGAGGACGAUUGUACUCAGAGAUAUGAAGGUGCGGUAAUUCAGCAGUCCACAGGUGCAUCUCCAGAAAAUGCAGUUUCUAUACAAAAUGGGGCAGCUUAUUGGGAAAGUGAGAUACGUCGAAUGGGUUUAGAAGGAUGGGAACUGGCUUGUAUCAUUCAAAAUCCUUGUGUUCAAAGGACUAUUUGCAAAAUAAAUUUUGGAAAUAUCAUGUUUUUUCAAAGAAGACUGUCAUGAAAAACGAUUGGGAAUUCUUGUUCUCGAUUGGGGAUAUAUAAGUCUAUUCAAUUUUUUGUUGAACGCAAUCGUUGCCGUUGCUGGAUUAUAAUCGUGUUCGCUACUUCGAAUAGUUAGUUUCUGUGAUCGUUUAACGAGUCUCAAUACCAUGUACGAAUGUUAAAUUAUUACUAGCUUACUAAAUCUUCAGACAAUGUCUCAAUUAAAUUUGGGUAAUUUUUUUAAUUUAUAUCACUUUGACAUGUAAAUAAAAAUUAUUCAAUU